UUGGUUUUGGUGGCUUUGAUAAGUGGGUGCUGUUGUACUGAAGGUAGAAUAGAAAAUGGAAAGAAGUGGGUUUAUGUUGUGGAGAGUGGGAUUGCUGGUUUUGACAUUGUUGGAAGGUUCUUCUGCAACUCUUUCUCGUUCUGGUAUAAACUAUGAAGUGGUGGCUUUGAUGGCUAUAAAAAAUGCUCUCAAUGACCGAUACAAUGUUUUGGAGAGCUGGGAUAUUAAUUCAGUAGAUCCUUGUUAUUGGAGGAUGGUUACUUGCUCUGAUGGUUAUGUCUCUACUUUAUUUCUUGUUGUCAAACUCCUGUUUGGUGAGCUGUUUAUCUUCUUAUCAGAGGAUUGCCUAGCCAAAGCUUGACUGGGACUCUAUCGCCUUCAAUUGCUAACCUCAGUAACUUGCAAUCUGUGU